AUGCUCAGCAGGGUACUGGAUGAGGUUCGACACUGGGGCAGGACUGCGGUUAAGAAGCUCACUGGGAGCAGCGCUGGCGAAAGAGAGGAGGGCGACGAGAGGAAGAGCGAGAGUAGUGAGCUGCAUGGUAGUGAUGUGAAAGUUUCUGUAUGA